GCGACACGUGUCAGUACCAACCUUCAAGCUCGAACACGACAAAUCAAGAAGUUUCCUUUUCCUUCUUCUCAACCCCUUCAUUCCCUCUCUCAAUAUUCCAUAAAUUUUGCCCUCCCCGCGAAGAUAUUCGAAACCGCCGUAAACCCAACAACCGCCGAGUAGAAAAUUCCUCAUAUUUACCAAAAAAGUUUCGAUUUUUUCAGUCGAUUUUGAAGUGAUAGUGUCGGAAUUUCACUCCGCCGCCCGAAGGAUGUGGAACCAGCCGUACCGGAAAGAUGACGUGGAAGCCGGAUCACGGCCGCUGUACCCGAUGAUGCUGGAGAAUCCAGAGCUCCGUUGGUCCUUCAUCCGGAAGAUAUACACGAUAAUCAGUGUGCAGUUGCUGCUCACGAUUGCGGUCGCUGCCGUUGUUGUUUCGGUUCACCCGAUUUCGCGGUUCUUCGCCACCACCGGCGCCGGUUUGGCUUUGUACAUUGUUCUUAUCAUCACCCCUUUCAUUGUGUUGUGUCCGUUGUAUUAUUAUUACCAGAAGCACCCUGUGAAUUAUUUCUUGCUUGGGCUGUUUACUGUGUCCCUGGCGUUUGUGGUGGGGUUGACCUGUGCUUUCACCAGUGGGAAAGUCAUUCUGGAAUCUGUUAUCCUAACCGCUGUUGUGGUAGUUAGUCUCACUCUAUAUACAUUUUGGGCUGCAAAGAGAGGCCAUGACUUCAAUUUCUUGGGGCCAUUCUUGUUUGGUGCUGUUAUGGUUCUCAUGCUGUUUGCACUUAUACAAAUCUUUUUCCCAUUAGGUCGAAUAAGCGUGAUGAUCUAUGGCUGCCUUGCCUCGAUAAUCUUCUGUGGUUACAUCAUAUAUGACACGGAUAACCUUAUCAAACGCUACACGUAUGACGAGUACAUAUGGGCUGCCGUUGCUUUGUAUUUGGAUGUGAUUAACCUCUUCCUCUCGCUUAUGACCGUUUUCAGAGCUGCUGACAGCUGAGAAAUCGCCAUUUUUGCUGUCUGUAUGUAUGUAUACGUAUGGGUUUGAUAUUUUCUAAAUGUAUUCAGUAUUUUUUUUUUUUAUCUUACAGAGAAAGUUGUACGUCAUGGAUGGAUAGUUCUCUUCUAACUAUGAAUAAAUAUGUAGUGGAUGAGUUUUUAUGUUAAUAAAUAAGGAGGGCAAAGUGAAUGUAAAAUGAGUCAUUCUACAUGUAAAUGUCAAAGUUAAUUGACAGAUUCAUAAUCAAUAGUAACUGGAU